AUGCAUGAGAAUUUGAUGUGGUAUCUGGGCAUUGGACAGACGCGUGACACGUCUGGUAACUACGGUCUCUUGGAUCAGAUCCAAGCUUUGACAUUCCUCCGUUCGGAAAUCGCAGCUUUUGGUGGUGAUCCAGAUCACAUAACUGUUGGUGGUCAGUCUGCCGGAUCUGCUAGUGCUUUGGACAUGAUGUACAGCCCAUUGACCGAUGGGGAUGAUUGUUGGAUUGGUGCCCGAGGUGUUCAUGACCCCGAGACAUACACUGUGGCCACUAGUCACCGGGACAAGGACGCAGCAGAAGCAGCUGGUGUAGACUUUCUACCAACCUCAAAUGUUACCACAAUUGCUGAAUUACGCAACAUCAGUAUGGAAACUCCUCUGGAAUACAACUUAGACUCUGACACCGUUCUCGUCGGCACCGCUUUCGACAAUGUGACUUCUUUCAUGGAGCCCCCUAUUUGGCGUCCUGUCAUCGAUGGUUAUGUCCUUGCCAACAACUACGCCUUGAAUGCUCACUCUGAUAUCACUUUCCUGACCGGAAACAAUGCCGAUGAAUUUGGCUCUAGCCCUUCGCCAGGCCUCACUUUGGACAUCUUCAACACCCAAUACGCCGAGAUGUUCGGCAACCUUUCUACCCGCUUCUUCGACUUGUACCUAGCCUCUAAUGACUACGACGCUAAUAUUUCUCUCAUCAAUCGCCUUCCUAUCGGCAACCGGAAUACUGCAAUAUCGACAAUCCGCCCAAGGAAUAUCUAUGCAUGCAUUGAGAACACUUGUUUUCUUUCGCAGAAUGAAAAGUAG